GCUUGGAGAUCACAUUUUUGGCGGGUUUUUCUUCAUUUUCUCGAAAAGUUGCUAAAAAUGUUUCUUUGGUGCUGAUCGAACGUUGUAUCAGUGGUAUUAUCUUUUAAUCAUCUAUCCCCGAUGGAUAGCUGAAUGUUGAUUGGGUUUAGCUGGAAUAUACUUCAUGAUCACUACUGUCUGUUUUUAUUUCCCCACCCCUGCCGGCUGAACCAAGUAUUAUCAUGGACUUAUAAUGCCUCCCCCACCCCACCCCACAUAUUAUUAUAGUUAAAUUCAGGUCCAAUAUUUUGUUUGAAACCGUGUGCUGAAUCAAUGCCUUCUCUUCUGUAUUUAUUUAUUUAUUUUUAAUAAUGAAAGUAAGCUUGUAUUUUUGCUUUCUGUGUGAACAAGUACUAGCUGUUUUCUAAAAGGGGGUGGGGGUGUUCAGAUUUUCAUAACUUCUCCAUCUUGGCCACUGGAUUGUUGGACACUUUGGUUUGCUACUCUUUUUCUCAUUUUAGUGUCUGCUGAAAGAAUAAGGUUUAUUUUUGUUCUGAUACUUUUCCCGUUUUGCGUAAUGCUAGCAUGUGUGAAAAGGGAGAGCGAUAGAUGUGACCUAGACAAAAAAGUGUAGGUACCUUUUUAAAUUGAGAGGAGAGUAGUUAGGGAUCUUGUCAUUUUUUAUAAUUUUGUUUAUGCCACACUAUUUACUCUCUCAUUUCACCCUUUGUAUACCAAAGGAAUAUUCAGAACUCUAAAAUGGAUACUGUUAUUUCUGAUAAUAAAUUCAAAGUUGGUUUGUUAUUACAGUGUUGUUACUGUAUCUUGUCAUUUUUCAGUCAUUCUGUUGGAAGGCUUAUUUACUUUUCUUAUUUUUCAGCCGUUAUACUUUAUGGGUUCAUGUAUAUUUUAAUUUUGAUAGACAUAAUCCAUAUUGUAAUAGCAAGUGUUUUCUAUCACUUUAACUGCUUAUUUGUGGUUUUCUUGCAAUUGAGUUUUGAAAUUUGGAGAGGCAAAGUAGUUAUCAAAAGGAAGUAACUGAGAUUUUCUUUCUUAAUUACACUUAAUUUGUUAGAAAGACAAAUUUUCCUCUUUGUAGCUUGAACUCUUUAUUCAUUCAUUUGUGGUCCUUUGCUUGUCGGGCAUCCUCUGUGUUUUUAUAUUUCUUUUUGGUAGUAACUGUGUGAAUGGUGUUGUUGAAAUAAAUGUGACCCUAAGCACUGAUUUAUUGCAAUGAUGUAGUUCGUUAGUGGGUUUGUGUUACUGUACAUGGUCUCUUAGUUUUUCUUUUGUUUUAGGUUACGUUUUCUCUUUUCUUUUUCUUUUUGGGUUAAUAUUUGGGGUUUUCGGGGUUCCGAUUUCUAUUGUUUUAUUUUUUUUCCUUUCCAAUUUUUUUUCAAUUUUUAUAUUUUGCAGAUUGAGCCAAUUCCAAGUGGAAAUUUGCCUCCUGGUUUUGAUCCAAGUACUUGCCGCAGCGUGUAUGUUGGGAACAUCCAUAGCCAGGUCACUGAACCACUUAUGCAAGAAGUGUUUUCAAGUACUGGUCCUAUUGAAGCUUGCAAGCUGAUAAGGAAAGAAAAGGUAGUUAUCUUUACUUCUGCCUUUUGUUCUCAUUCUUUGACUUUUGUCGCUUACUGUAUAGCCUAGAAAUUUAUGCAGUUUCCGUAGCUGCAUGAAUACACUGAUGGUUGUGAGUACUUCCAGAGUUUUCGUCAUCUUACUCUCCCCUUGCCUCUUUUUCUAACUCCUUGCAGUCGUCCUAUGGGUUUAUUCACUAUUAUGACCGUAGAUCUGCAGCCCUUGCUAUAUUGUCUCUCAAUGGGAGGCACCUGUAAGUAAAUUGUCGUUGAGUUUCUUAAGUAGUUGGUUUCUGUUUUUAUUUUAUUUUGUGUGUUUCUCAUUCUAUGAUAUACAGGUUUGGGCAGCCAAUUAAAGUAAAUUGGGCAUAUGCGAGUGGUCAAAGGGAGGAUACAUCUGGCCAUUUCAACAUUUUUGUCGGGGAUCUGAGCCCUGAGGUUACUGAUGCCAUGCUUUUUGCCUGCUUCUCAGUUUACUCUAGUUGCUCUGAUGCAAGGGUUAUGUGGGAUCAGAAGACAGGCCGUUCAAGGGGAUUUGGAUUUGUAUCUUUCCGAAACCAGCAGGAUGCUCAAAGUGCAAUUAAUGACCUAACUGGAAAAUGGCUCGGUAGUAGACAGAUUCGUUGUAAUUGGGCUACUAAAGGUGCCAUAUCUAAUGAUGACAAGCAAAGUUCUGAUGCUAAGAGUGUUGUGGAGCUAACAACUGGUACCUCAGAAGAUGGCAAAGAGGUGGCAAACAGUAUUGAUGCCCCUGAGAAUAACCCACAAUAUACCACCGUGUAUGUGGGCAAUCUAGCUCCAGAGGUUACCCAACUUGAACUUCAUCGUCACUUCCAUGCUCUUGGUGCUGGAGUGAUUGAGGAAGUCCGCGUACAGCGUGACAAGGGAUUUGGCUUUGUAAGAUACAGUACACAUGCUGAAGCAGCUUUGGCAAUUCAAAUUGGAAACACUAAUUCAAAUCUUUUUGGCAAAUCAAUCAAGUGUUCUUGGGGAAACAAACCAACUCCACCAGGGACGAGUUCGAAUCCACUUCCACCGCCUGCCCCUGCGGUAUUGCCGGGGCUUUCAGCUACCGACCUCCUAGCAUACGAACGUCAACUGGCAAUGAGCAAGAUGGGUGGUAUGCAUGCCGCUGCCCUAAUGCACUCCCAGGGGCAAUUCCCUCUGAAGCCAGCAUCAAUGGGCAUGGGUGCUGCUGGAGCUAGCCAGGCUAUUUAUGACGGUGGGUUCCAAAAUGUUGCUGCUGCGCAGCAACUUAUGUAUUAUCAGUAAUAAAAGAAGUAGAAGAUUAGCCGGUGGAACGCGAGAACCCUAGUUCUCUAUUUCUCUCUCGAAAAAUGCUGUUUGAGUUAAGAACUUUGUUGGAGAUUUUUCUGAUGUUUAUCGAGUUUAACACGGGAGGAUUGGGAUGGUUAUCUAUCCCUUUAUUUGUAGCUUGUCAUCACGUGUACCAUCAUAAUAUGUAGAAUGUAUGUAUGACUUCGGAGAAUUGGGUUAUGUAGAGAAUGAGUGGCGCUGUUAAUGUUGGAACUUGGAACUUGCUUCCCUUUUUCUCCCUUCUUCUGUGCUGGUACUACAUGUACAGUUGUUUGAAAUCUCAUGGCUAGACCAUUUCUGGAAAAUGUGCCUAUAUUCUUUAACCACAUUUGGUGGUUCUAUUGAUUCCAGAAGGCCUUUUAGAAUGGCAGUUGCUGUGAUUAAGGUUUUAACUUUGAGAUGGUACAUUUUACAGUUUGCGAUGCGUCACCAUUUGAAUGUAAUGUAAUGGGCAUCACUUCAUUGAUGGUCACGUCACCGCAUAUUAGCUAUGACCAAAUUUGGAUUCAAAACCUCACGCUACACCUUUAAUGAAGUUUUACUACUCUCUCCGUCUUAAAAUCAUUGUCCAGUUUCAUUUUUAGUUCAAAUUGUAUUAAAAGAGAAAUUCUAAACUGGACAAUAAUUAUGGGGCGGAUGGAGUAUUUGACAAUGUG